UCAAAAAAAAAAAAAAAGAAUAUAGAAUUAUGGAGUUAGCCAAGACACCCGAUUCACCAUCAUUAUCGAUUUCGAAUAAACCCAACAAACCUCUUGCUUCGAAGUUAAGCAAAGUUUUGAACUCUUCUGCUUCCGAAGAUGCCAAAAUAAAGGCUGCUUUAACUUCACUUUCCAACAUUCCCGACCUGGAUGAAUCCAACUUGAGAAGAAACUUGCGUGGCACCAUUGAAAAGAAGGAAAUAGAAACCAAUAAGAAGUUUUUAUCUGCUUUUAAGAAAGUCGUCAAACAAUUCGAAUGUCUUGAAACUCAAAUGGGACAAAUGGAAAAUGUCUGCAAAGACAUGAAGCAAAGAUUAAUUAAUGCAGAAUCUCAAACUGCUGAUAUGAUUGAACAAGCUGAUAUUAUGCAGGAACAUAGCUCUGCCUGUUCAACUCAAAUCGUUGUAGCAGACAGGUUCCUGGAAAAAUUCACCUUAAACGAGACCGAAAUAAGAAUAUUAAGUGUCCCUUCUGAACCUAUCAAUAAUGAAUUCUUUGACGCUUUAAAUCAUCUUCAACAAAUCCAUAGUGAUUGUCAAUUACUGCUUACCACAAAAAACCAAACAGCCGGCCGAGAAAUUAUGGAAUCUAUGGCUGUGAUACAAGAGAAUGCCUAUGACAAAUUAUACAAAUGGACACAGUACGAGAGCAGGACAUCCUUUGGCGGUGAUAGUAUCGACGUGAGCUCCUUGAUGACCAAAGCUCUUCGUGCAUUAAUGCUAAGACCAGUAUUAUUCCAAACAAUCUUGGACGAGAUUGCAUCAGCGAGACACGACGCUGUAGCAAGGGCAUUUAUCAAUGCAUUGACAAGAGGCGGACCAGGCGGAACACCCAGACCUAUCGAACUACAAGCACCAGACCCACUUCGAUAUAUUGGCGAUAUGUUGGCGUGGGUACAUCAAGCGUGUGCAGGAGAAAAAGAAAUGUUAGAAAGUUUAUUCCAACGGAACGUCGAGAAAUAUGAGGAUUUGAGCGGUAUCACUGUGCGUGUGGCAGAUACCAUCGGUGAUUUAUUAGAUUGUGCAAUGGAAGGUACUUGUAGACCCUUAAAGUCACGUAUGGAGCAAGUCUUGUUAUUACAGCCUGGCGCUAUUACUUCUUACAAAGUAGCUAAUUUGAUCCAGUUUUAUACCGUGACUUUGUGUAAAUUAAUGCGAAAGAGUGCGACUUUAGAAAAAGUCUUGUAUGAAAUGACAGAGCUUGCGUACAAGUACUUUUUUAAGACAUUGAAUGCACAAGCAGAGAGAUUGAUGCAAUCAACAGAGCCACCGAGCCGCAGUCUAUCAAUUGCGCCUACAGUGAGAGAUAUGACAAUUCAGUUGAAAGAAAUUCUGGCAUCAUAUGAUUCAUCUUUGAUUGUGGCCACCAAUAACACCGAGGGAUUUCCAGAAUUCGAUUUUGCAGAGACUUUGGAUGCGAUUAUUGAACCAUUAUUAAAUACAUGUGAGCUGUCUGUAAGCAGGAUGAACAAGAUUGAUCAAGAUAUAUACAUGGUCAAUUGUUUGUAUCACAUAAACAAUGUUAUGGUUCCUUACUCCUUCACCAAGCAAAAGAGAGAAAAUGUUACGGCACGCAUGAAUGAUCUCUUAAGUGAGAUGGCUUCUGAAGAGUACCAACAAUUGUUAAAACAAGCUGGAUUGACACAAAUUACCGAGGCAAUCAGCACCAAGGACCCCAAGACCCCUCUGUCUUCAUUACCUAAUAUGGAUGCAGAGUCGCUUACCAAUGCCAUGGCCAAAUUUGACUCAUUCUUAGUUUUGAUGAGCGCGGAUGUUUCACCACAACUGGAAAAGCUUUCUUCUACACAGCACUGUCAACAAGUACAAUCAGGUGCAAUUCGAUUAUUAUUAGAUACAUACCGUGAAAUCAGCAGACAAAUACAGGAUCCCAACAACGGAUAUGAAAAUCCAGACGCUAUUUUACCUAGAACCAUACAAGACAUGGAAGCUAUUUUUUCAUUUGCUCUUUAAACAAGUUUUAAUCCAUAUGAAUUCAUCACAAUAAGAGGGGGAAAUUACCGUUAUUUGUAUACAGCAGAAGUUGAUCUAAUCUCAGCUGUAAGGAUUCAACAAGGAAA